UGUAGUACAUGACCUGUUAGGUAGCUGUGAGGAAGGUCCAAGCAGCUUCUGUGAAGUUGUCAUGGAAGCAUUAAGUAAUCGAACCCCCAAAAAAAGACGAACGUUUACAUGUUUUCUUCCGACUAUUCACAUUUACAUCCACUUUUUACAUACAUAAUUCUUAAGCCUUUUCAUCUUAAAAAAAUUAAACAAAAAUAAAUAAAUACGUCUCCAUUUAUUCCCACCAAUCCUCCAUCCUUCACACCUUUUUCAGAAGAGGUAAAAAAGAAAAAACCCCCCACCUCGUUAUGUACCGUGGAUUCAACGCUUUUGACGUCGACGACCCGGACGCCAUGUCGUACAUGGCCCGAUCUGGAAUGAUGCGCGGCCCGGCCAUGCGCCGCUUCGACGAGUACUUCCGCUGCUACCCGAUCAUCAUGGCCCCCGGGGCCGAGAGACCGGAACUGAACUACGGCUCCAAGAUCUUCCUACCCCCGUCCGCCCUGCAGAAAAUAUCUCAGCUACACGUACAGUGGCCCCUUAUGAUGGAGCUUAUAAACGGCGAGAAGGAGCGUCAGACACACGCGGGCGUGCUGGAGUUCGUGGCCGAAGAAGGCAGAGCGUACAUACCACAAUGGAUGAUGCAAACGCUACAACUGGAUGUCGGUGACAUGAUCCAGAUCAAAUCGACGUCGCUGGAGCUAGCCAAGAUGGUUAAGCUACAACCUCAGUCGACCAACUUCCUCGAAAUUAGCGAUCCUAAGGCCGUCCUAGAGAAGGCAUUCCGAAACUUUGCUACUCUAACCAAGGGCGAUAUUUUCAACUUUGAGUAUAACGACGAGGUUUACGAGGUAGCUGUAUUGGAAGUGAAGCCGGAGACCGAGAAGAUGGGCGUUUGUAUGAUAGAGACUGAUGUUUCAGUCGAGUUCGCACCACCGGUAGGAUAUGUCGAGCCGCAGAAAGGUAGCGGUACUAGUACACCGAGAAGCACGAGGGGUGGCCUACCCGCUGGCGGGCUUAUGCAUCCCCAAGGGACGAUGGCGCAGUCCAUUAACUACGAUGCGAUCGCCCCUAAUUCUGCAACGGCCGCUGCGGGAGCCCGAGCAGUUUCGUCUCAUUUCUUAAAUGAGGGCCACAAGCUAAACUCCAAGAAGGGCUCCAAGGCCCCAACCCCAAAACCUACAACGCCUGUUGCCGGUGCUUCCACAAACGCAGUGCCCGUCCCGCGCCGACGGACGAAUGGACCUAUGCCUCUCCGCUUACCUCCGAACAAGUUGUUCUUCGGCUACGAGGUCAAGCCCGUGAAGACUGACGCAGACAAGGAGGCAGACAAGGAGAACGCGAGUAAACCGCACUUCGCGGGGCAAGGCCAGACCCUUAGAGGAGCCGUCAAGCGGAAGGGCGAGGGGGAAGAUAAGGGCAAGACACCAGAGAAGAAGCCUCAAGAGGGACGUCGGCUGGAUGGGCGAAAGGCGUGAUGAUAUUGGACCAGGAGGGGGCGGGGGGUUGUGCCAGGCGUUUAUGGAGUUUUCUAGGUAAUCCUGCGGGUCUGGUAGAUUAAUAUGACGACUACGAUAUUCUCAUGAAAUAUUUAUUAACAUUAACAUUAUUGAGACGAGUUAGUUGAUUGGGGUUGUCAGUUUGCUUUGAUGAGCUAUAGAAAGGAUGUACUCGCACGGGCUCGCUUCACUAUGAGGAUUAAGUCUAGCCUAAAAAAAAUUUAUAUACAGAUAGAUGAAGCUUGAGGGAUGUUAAUUUUGACACUCUACCAUGGAACAGAAUAUCUAGAUCGACG